AUGCGCAGUGUAUCGGCUGGCCGUGAAAAUUCUAACCGGGCCGAGUGGAACGCACGACCCGGGGACGACGUGCAUUGCUCGGCUGGACUUUACUAUCGCGUACGGAUAGGGAGGCAAUGGACCACGCUCGGCCAAGACGAAACGCGGACGGACCGACCGUACCGGUCGAUCCGGGAAGUAAUCGCUUUCCCUCGGCCAGACUUUACAUUCGAACGAGAAUCCGCCGACGGUGCCGAACAAUCGCGACACAAUCCCUCGGCCAUCGACCAAACUCUCGUGAUUCAUACCGGUUUUAACCGAAUUUAA